CAGCACUUCCAGACCAUGAUAAAAUCAAAGCUGAAUGUACUGACCCUUCGAAAAGAGCCUCUCCCAGCUGUCAUAUUCCAUGAACCAGAAGCUAUUGAACUUUGUUCCACGACUCCACUCACGAAGCCACGGCUGCAGGCAGGAUGCAAGGUGACCUAUCUGGGAAAAGUAUCUGCAACGGGAGUUCAGUUUUCAUCUGGAUGCACAGAACAACCAGUGAUUGAAUUGUGGAAAAAGCACACUUUGGCAAGAGAAGAUGUGUUCCCUUCCAACGCCAUCCUCGAAAUCCGUCCUUUCCAGGUGCGACUUCAUCACCAAGACAUCAAGGGUGAAGCUACUGUUCGUAUGGACACAUUUCAGGUGGCCAGGAUUGCUUACUGCACAGCAGAUCACAAUGUCAGCCCGAAUAUCUUUGCCUGGGUUUACCGUGAAAUCAAUGAUGACCUGACCUACCAAAUGGAUUGCCAUGCAGUGGAGUGUGAAAGCAAGUUAGAGGCCAAAAAGCUGGCUCACGCCAUGAUGGUGGCUUUCAAAAAGACCUUCAACAGUAUGAAGAGUGACGGGCGAAUCCACAAGGACAGCUCCUCUGAAGAGACAGCUCAGGGAUUCGAAUCGGAUGACGGCUGA